CCUGACCGGCUCGACAACAACACUUGCUUCUUAUCUCUUCAUCUACUCUCUACACAAUGGCCGCCUCCAAAGCGGAGUCUCAAAAGAUCUUUGAGAAACUCAAACUGAAGCCCGCGAACAAGGUCUGCUUCGAUUGCAAUUCAAAGAAUCCCACCUGGUCGUCGGUGCCUUUCGGUAUCUACCUGUGCCUCGACUGUUCGGCCAACCAUCGGAACCUGGGUGUCCACAUCUCCUUUGUCCGCUCCACAAAUCUCGACCAAUGGCAAUGGGAACAACUCCGGAUGAUGAAGGUUGGUGGGAAUGAGUCCGCCACCAAGUACUUCCAAUCGCACGGAGGCUCCGCCGCUCUCGCCAGCAAGGACAGCAAGGUUAAGUACACUUCCAAUGCGGCUGUGAAGUACAAGGAUGAGUUGAAGAGACGUGCUGCGGUGGAUGCGCAACAGUACCCCGAAGAAGUUGUCAUCACCGACCUGCCCGCUGGUACAAGCCCCGACGGCUCGAACACUCCCGCCGACGACGACGACGAUUUCUUUUCCUCCUGGGAUAAGCCUUCUAUCAAACGUCCAAGCAACCCUCCCUCCCGCACCGGUACUCCUCCGGUCGUCAGCCGGACCGCCUCGCCCUUCCUGAACGCCGGUGCCAACGGCUCGCGCUCGAAAUCGCCCCUUUCAGAGCAAGGGAGUGCUUCUCCUGCACCUACCGCUGUCAAGUCCGCCGCUACGGUACGGAAGGCCUCGUCGGCAGGCACCGCGAAGAAAGGCAGCGUCCUGGGUGCCAAGAAAGCCCCCAAGCUCGGAGCUAAGAAGGUUGCCGCCGUAGAGACUAUCGAUUUCGAGGAAGCCGAGAGAAAGGCCAAGGAAGAGGCGGAACGUGUCGAGAAACUUGGAUAUGAUCCCGAGGCAGAGAAGGCUGAGGCUGAGGCCAAGGCCAAGGCGACGAGCACUGCAGCUCCCGCCAUCGCAUCGCCUACCCCCAUCAGCCCCAGCGCAGGGUCAACUAGCAAACCUCAAGAACGGAGUUCCGGUGAUGUGGAACGUCUUGGAAUGGGUAUUGGGCGACUUGGGUUCGGUCAAACAACGAAGCCCCCUGCCCCUAAGAAACUCGGAUUCGGCGCUGUUGCUCCUACCAGGACGCGCGAGGAUGAUGAGGACUUGGAGAAAACUAGGACCAGGUUCGGCACCCAAAAGGGUAUCUCGUCCGACGAAUUCUUCGGGCGGGAACGAUUUGAUCCUGCUGCACAGUCGGAGGCCAAGGAGCGUCUUCGCCAGUUCGACGGUGCCCAAUCCAUUUCCAGCAACAACUAUUUCGGCCGGCCCGAAGAUGAUCUCCCACCAAUUGACGACGGAUACGGUGACCUGGAGGCUUCGGCCAGGGAUUUCGUCCGCCGGUUUGGCAUCACAGCCGGUGAUGACCUUGAAAACCUGACCCAGCUGAUGGGAGAUGGUGCACUGAAGUUGCAAGGUGCCAUUCGCACGUACCUGAACAACUAAAUGACGUUUCUUUUACAGAAUAUCUAUUUUAACAUGAUCAGGCUUGUUCGCAGGAGCUGUGUGCUUUUGUCAGCGUCGAGCUAUGCAUCCCCCGGUAUCUAUGUAGUUUCUCCUGUUUUUAUACCUCUAGUCCUGAAUCGGCAAUACUCUGGUAAACGUCAAGAGUUGAACUAGGGUUUUCGUCUGUCCAUCGGUGUAUGAAUGGCUUGGUUUUGGUUUGUUCUUUCUCGCGGCUUAGUUUAAUUUCUUUUCAAAUUGGGAUUUCCUUUUCUUUUCUUCUGUUUUUAUACUCAUUUCUUGCUAUGAUUAUGUAUAUUCUGAAUUUAUAGAUUUUUGAGCGAGUUGUCAAUAUUGUUUCCUUCUCAACAGGAACGUCUCAAUACUAUUU